UUUGCCAAUACUACAGAGCAUGAUGAUGAUGAUGGCAUUCCGCCAGGAUUUGAUACUGGUGAUUCAUCGAAGCGAUAUGGUGGAAUGCUUUCUUUACAACCAACAUAUCCACCGUCAGCAUCAGUUGGUGGUGGUAAUUAUCCAAUGAAUAAUUUUUCAAUGUAUGCUCAAUCACCUCAACAAUAUAUGGUUCAGCAGACUCAACAAUUUUAUCCACAAGUCACCCAAGUAACUCAAACAAUGCAAUCAAUAGCUGCUAAUAUGACAAAUAACAUUAUAACUUUAUCACAACAAUCAUCCCCUAAUCUGGAAUCAUCUAUUAAUUGUAAUGAUAUGGUAUCGCCUUCACUUAUAUCACCUUCUCUAAAAAAACCAAAACUUCGGGUCCAAAUUCCCGAUACAAAAGAUAAACAAACUACUUCAGCUGGUCAACAACAGCAACAAUCAUCACAGGAUCAAUCACCUGUAGAUGAUACUCCUUCCGACACACCAAUGUCAUCAUCACAACCUAUGCAAUCAUCUCGUCCUACACCAGCGACCGCUGAGGCAGGUCCCACUUCUGCUUUACCAUCACAAUUCGCUCAAAAUUUACCAUCCCCAUCAACAUUUUUCUCGGAAUUUUAUAAAACCACCGAAUUACCUAGUCCUCUUACCUUCGGAAAUACUCCCACCAGCGCUAACCCUGGACCUUUUCAUUGGCCGGCACCACGUAAUAAUUAUCAGCAUCAACCUUCACCAUUAGCAAAACAUGAGAAUAAUAAUUCUUCUACUUCCGCUACUUCCGAAGAAGAAAGUAUCGAUGAACCGGAUAAGAAAAAGAUGGAUUUAAUGUAUGAUGGGAAUAAUGUUGUAUUUAAAAUGGAAUAA